AUGGAAGGUGAAACGGCUAGCAUACUCGCCAAUUUUAGCGAGAUUGUCAACUCUGCAGCCACACAACGCUUUUGGAAUGGUCUCCGUAUUCGCGAAGAGAAAGUUAAUACUCAAACUGCACAAAUUAUAUUACAAGAAAAAGAAGAACAAAAUGCUUGUCAAAUAAGAUCCAAUAUGUUAAAUGAGCAUAUUCAAGUAUUAGAAAGAAAAAGACGAAAUACGGACGAUUAUGAAGAAGGAUUAUCAACUCUGCCAACUAAGAUCAGAACAACCAACUCUUUACCAUGUGACAAAGUUGAUUUCUCGUCAGACUCAGACUCUGAGAUUAUACCAGUUUCUCUUACGAACAUCUUUCUUGAGACAGCCGCAUCGGAUGCACCUCGCACUCCCCUUCCCCGUCAAGCUCAAAUUCAGUUUAAUAGUGAGGACAACGAUUUACAUUAUCAAUAUGAGAACGAAAAUGCAUCAACCGAGGUUCAAGACCUCAUCACAAAGAUGGAAAAUGUAAAUUAUCGUCUUUUUGAAUAUCAUAUUGUCAAUCUCUCCGAAAAAAGUCUUGUAGACCCAAUAAAUAAAGUCUUUUCGGAUGAUGAUAAAAAAAGAAUGAGAAAAUUCUGGGAAGAAAUGGAGCCAUCGGCUGAAGAGAAUCAGAAUACAUUGCGUCGGCCUAGGUGGGAAAAUAGUAUAAAGCCUCUAAUUGACAAGUAUGCACUUGCUGUUGAGGUGAAGCCAGAAUUAGUUUUUGAUGAUUAUGUGGAUCAACCAUCAACAAAAAUUAUCUUCGAAAUACCAUUCGAAGGCGAGUUUUAUUUCAAAAAACAUUAUGACAUGUUAUGGGUACAAAAUAUCUAUCAGCGAUUUAUUUUCUUGUUCGUCUCUUCUUUUAACAUGCUUCGCGAUGCAAAUACAUCGGAGAUAGCUUACAGAGAAGCAUUUGUAAAUCCUAUAAUUCCCAAGGCAUUCGAGGAUAUGAACGACAAGAUCAGUGGAGAGAUAGAGAGCGCAUUACGUAAACAACAUCGAAACCAGACAAAAGGCCAAAAGCCUCGGGUAAUGCUUGGGUCAAAUCAUGACGGGAUUUUAAAGAUUUACAUGAAUGCAAGUGAGAUAGAAAUUGGAUUCUUAGAGGUUGUAGAGAACGCAAUGGUUGUGGAUCUUACAAAAUAUCAUGAAGAUCUGGAGAAAUUGUUUAAGGUGAUGCAGUUGUCAAUAUUUUACCAGCGACAGCACCACCUACGACGUAAUGCAACAGAAGAACAACUUGACUGCCUUCAAAGUUUUGGUAGCCGUGUAAUGGAUUAUUACCUUAAGUUGCAGGACAUCUCGUGGAAGGCGCAGAAAUAUACUCCCUCAAAUGAAAAUCCAUUAGAAGCGUCACCAGCAAAAAAAAACAAUUACAAAACGAAUCAACGAUAA